AUGGCAAAUGCCAGUGGACUCUCGGGUGCUCCAUUACCAAACAGGAAAUCAUCUGCAAGCGAAACAACUACCGAUGAAGAAGAAAGUGGUUCAAGUGUACUUUCAGAAAAUAGCAGCUCUAAGCCAGGACCUAUGGUUUGGUCAAGCACUCAUAAUUCGUAUCUACUACGUGAAAUCUUUGCUAAUAAACCGUGGAUACAUCGUUUUCAAUCUGUUGAUAGAGGCGCUGUCUGGCGAAAAAUUGCUGAGAAUUUAAACGCAUGCCAAUCAACAAUAUUCCGCGUUGAUCAUAGGAGUGUUCGCGACCAUUAUAAUGUCUUAAAAAAUAAAUACCACAAAAAGCAAAGGGAUAAAACCUGGUCAGGUGGAAUUGGGUUAGAAGAAAUGGAUGAUGAGAGAUUACUAGCUGAAACUAUAGACAGAUUUGCGGAGUACGACUGGCAACACCGUAAGAAACAACGAGCAGCAUUGCAGGAUAAACAAAAGAAAUCACAGCGCACAUUGAUGGAGAACCUUAGUAAAACAUUUAACAGCCGAGACCGUUUGGAAAAUGAUGGGGAUGAGCCUGCAUCUCCUAGUAAAAUCGCAAUCAUGGAUACCAGCAUUUGCCUUAUAACAGAAAAAAGUGAUCGGGAUCGACAACUAAAACUGAAAGAGAUGACACUUUUAUCUGACUUAUAUAAAAACUUGAUGGAGAAAAUACAGGAAAACUUUAAAGAACAAAGGCACACUCAAGAAAAAUAUCUGGAGGUUAUAGAGGAGAGUCAAAGGCAAACAAAGACAUUAAUUAGUAAUCAACUUGAAAUGAUACGGGUGCUAGCUAACAUACUAGAAAUGCAACAGGAAAAGUAUCAGUAA